CUUUCAAGUCAAGCCAAAUUACCACAAAUCUCCAUUAUGAAUGCUAAUCCUUGUAUAUAUAUAUAUGCAAACUCGGUUUCUGCUCAUAAAUUAUCCAAGUUUAAUGAUUUUAUAACAUUAUACACAACUCAAAAAUUAUGGAAAUAUUCUUUGUUCUAUUCCUUAGCUUGUUGAUUACGGCUCAUGGGUCUGCCGAAUAUGAGCUACAUAGCAAAAUGGCUAUGCUUAGAGAACUUGAAAGCUUCGAUGUUUAUGAAGGAGAUGAAAUUGACGAUUUUGAAGAGCCUUCAUGGACAAGUUCAAAUGGUGCGCGAGUUCUUGUUAAUGUUGAUAGUUUCGGUGCUGUUGGAGAUGGAAAUUCCGAUGAUACCCAGGCCUUUGUAAAUGCAUGGAAGCAAGCUUGUUCUACCGCGAAAUCAGUGUUACUAGUUCCUGAACGAGGGCGUUACCUUGUUAAUGCUACAAGAUUUGAAGGACCGUGUGCGGGUAGAAUAGUCGUCCAUGUUGAUGGCACAAUAGUUGCACCAGGAGAGCCUAAAGACUGGGAUCCAAAAUUGUCCCGGAUAUGGUUGAAUUUUCAUAACUUGUCAAGUGCCAUUUUCCAAGGCAAAGGAGUUCUUGAUGGUUCAGGCAGUAAAUGGUGGGCUGCAUCCUGCAAAAAGAACAAGACCAAUCCAUGUAAAGGAGCACCAACAGCACUAACGAUCGAUUCAAGUUCUGCUGUGAGGGUCAAGGGUCUGACUAUCCAGAAUAGCCAACAGAUGCAUUUUGUUAUUUCCCGGUCUGAUUCUGUAAGAGUGUCAAAUGUUCUUAUUUCUUCCCCGGAAGACAGCCCUAACACUGAUGGAAUACAUAUCACCGAAUCAACAAAUGUCGCUCUUCUUGACUGUAAGAUCGGAACAGGGGAUGAUUGUAUUUCAAUCGUCAAUGCGAGUUCAGCUAUCAAGAUGAAGAGAAUCUAUUGUGGUCCUGGACAUGGUAUCAGCAUUGGAAGUCUUGGCAAAGAUAAUUCAACUGGCAUUGUCACAAAAGUGGUCUUGAAUGGUGCUUUUAUAAGGAACGCAAGUAAUGGGGUCAGGAUCAAGACUUGGCAGGGAGGAUCUGGCUAUGUCAAAGCAGUACGAUUCGAAAAUGUGAUGAUGGAAGACGUUGCAAAUCCUAUAAUUAUCGAUCAAUUCUAUUGUGAUUCUCCCAAUCCUUGUGGAAACCAGUCGACUGCAGUGCAAAUAAGCCAGGUAAUGUACCGGAAUAUUACAGGAACGACAAAGAGCAAGGAGGCCAUGAAGUUUGCUUGCAGCGACACGUUUCCUUGCAGGAACAUAGUCCUGACCAACAUUGACUUGCACAAGAAGGAUGGCACAGCAGAGACAUAUUGCAACUCAGCCACGGGUUUUGGGUUCGGAGUCAUCAAUCCGCCUGCUGAUUGUCUGACCUCUAAUGACAAAGAUUAUUCCAAUUCUGAUCAUCAAGAAAUCGUAAUUUCUCAGCUUGAGGAAUCAAUACAAGAUCACCUUGUUCAUACAGAACUCUGAUUUUGCUUCUACUAGUAUUAUAUAUAUAUAUAUAUAUAUAUAUAUCACACUUGACUUUAGUAAUGGAUUUAUUGUACUUAUAAUGGAAUUAUUAUGACGUAGAAUGUAUGAUUUAGGGAAGGAUUUUACUUUAGAUUUGGUUUGUUCCAAAUCCAAGUCUUAGAAUUUUACCUUUCCAAUUUUAUUAUUCUUUUUUUUUUUUUUAACAAAUUGGGUUGUAAUGAUGCAAUAGAUUGAUUUGUUUGAUUGAUUGUUAUUAAUGGAGGAUUAUGGAAAUAUUUUUAUUUGAGGGGACAAAUGAA